UUGUGUUUGUGAGAGCGUGUUGUUUUUAUUUUUGUCCACGUUCGAAUGGACGCCGCUUACCAAAAUACACAAAGCAAGUGUUUAGAUCCCUUUUAAUGGCGGCAAUCGCGAAAAUAAUUCAGUGAAACCUUGUGUUCAGCUCCACAUCGAUUUGGACAUCGAGACAGUUUUUGAGGUUAGUUUUGGAGUCUCAUGUAUACAAAACGCGCAGUGGAUAUUUGCAACUAGUUGCACAGUGCAUGGAAAAAAACAAUCAAAUUUAGUGAUUCGCGAUAUUCUCACGAUGGUGAAUUGACAAGUGUUAAUUGCCGGUGAUUUGACGUUUACCAAUUGCCCCAGGAUGACGAUAUUUAAAUGUCUUUUUCGAGUGUGCGUUUGGAUCGAAGACGAUCAGUAAAGGCGCGAGUUAUCGCGCGAUGAUCGUCGGUCAUCUGAAAAACGUCAGUAAUCAGAAAAAUUCCAGUCAUCAGAAAAACAUCACUCUGGAGUAUAAAUACUCAAAGUAGAUUCAAUUACAGUUCAUUUCAUAUAUGUUUAGCACCCAGUGCGAAUUAUUCUUAAUUAGCGGUAUAAUCGCGAGUGUUGUCUGUGAGUUAUACUGAGUGUUUCUACACAUAAUCAUGAGUUGGUGAUCAAACGGUUUCUUUCAGAGACCAAGUUUGCUUCAAGUGCUUUUGGAUGUUACCAGUGAAAAUGGAGUGCCGACGGACCAAAUGCUUUUUGUUGCUGGUCGCACUUCUAGUUUCAGUUCAAGCACAACAAAGAUCACCAAGGAUAACGGAACACCCUUCAGAUAUAAUAGUAGCGAAAAACGAGCCAGUAACUCUAAACUGCAAAGCAGAGGGUAAACCAGAGCCUGCGAUAGAGUGGUACAAAGAUGGUGAGCCCGUUCCAACAUCGCCAGGAGAUGCCAAAUCGCACCGAGUUCUGCUUCCGACGGGUUCGCUCUUCUUCCUGCGGGUGAUGCACGGGAAGAAGGAGCAGGAUGGUGGUGUUUACUGGUGCGUCGCCAAGAAUCAAGUUGGCAGCGUCGCGAGCAGAAAUGCCACCCUAACUGUAGCAGUACUGAGGGACGAGUUUCGUGCAGAACCUCAGAACACGAGGGUCGCGGCGGGCGAAACUGCUUUGCUGGAGUGCGGACCGCCGCGGGGCCAUCCGGAACCUACCUUGCAGUGGAAGAGGAACGGGCACGUUAUAGACUUGGAAGCCACCAAACGAGUAACUCUGGUGGAUGGGGGAAACCUCAUGAUUUCCGAAGUUCGACAGACCGAUCAGGGAAGAUACCAAUGUGUUGCAACAAAUAUGGUAGGAGCAAGGGAGUCGGAAAUCGCUACUCUGACUGUUCACGUAAAACCUUAUUUCUUGGCAACACCUCUGAAUCAAACUAUUUUGACUGAUCAAACUGCCGAGUUUGCUUGCCGUGUAGGCGGUGAUCCACUGCCAGAAAUAUUAUGGAGAAGAAGCGAUGGAAAAAUGCCGACUGGUAGAGCGCACAUAUUGGAUGACAAGAGUUUGAGGAUUGAGAAAGUAACGUCUCAGGAUCAAGGAACAUACAUCUGCGAUGUUGAAAAUGGCGUUGGUGCUAUUUCUGCGAGUGCAACUUUAACUGUGCAUUCACGUCCAGUGUUCACGAAUUUCCCCAAGGACGAGGCAGUAAGCACAGGAUCCGAUGUUUCUUUCGCUUGCUCUGCACGAGGAGUGCCCCAGCCUUCGAUUUUCUGGACUCGCGAAGGAUCUCAAGAGUUGAUGUUCCCCGGAAAUACAUAUCAAAGUCGUUACACAGUUACUGAUGACGGAAGUCUAAAUAUCAAGGGAACCAUCAGAAAAGACGAGGGGCAUUAUGUUUGUAGUGCCAUCAGUCAAGCUGGAGCCAGUACCGCCACUGUAUUUCUUCAGGUAACAUCUGUUGAAGAAGUUCCGCCCCCAAUCAUAGAGCUGGGUCCAGCGAAUCAGACCCUGCCUCUGAAUUCCAUCGCUUCGAUGCCGUGUCGUGCCGUUGGCACGCCAAAUCCAAAAGUACACUGGCACAAGGACGGCGUCCUGGUGAAACUAGGAAGUCGGAUAACAAUGGCCAAUAACGGUACCCUUUUCAUCGACGAUCUGCAGACAAGUGACUCCGGGCUAUACACGUGCAUCGCCUCUUCGGAAUCGGGAAACACUUCCUGGUCCGCUGCCUUAACAGUCAGCUCGACAACGACCCUUCACAGCACACCGGAUAUUUCCGCUCUGCCGCAAAAUCCGAGCAAACCCAGAAUAGUCAACACCACCAGCAGCAGCGUCACUUUAACCUGGAGUCCAGGUCAAGAAGGCCAGAGCAAGAUUAUUGGAUACAACAUUGAGUAUUUUAGUAGCAACCUGAACACUGGCUGGGUUCUCGCAGCAGCUGGAAUUACUGAUGAUACCUACACGGUAACGGACUUGAAACCAGAUACCAGCUAUGUUUUCUUAGUGCGAGCAGAAAAUAGUCAAGGUUUGUCGUUGCCUGGUCCUUUGUCCGACGUAGCCCACACAGUUAGUGCAAAUCAACCUGCAAUUCCGCAGAUAGAAUUGAUAAGAGCAAGAGACCGUCUCAACAGUGAGAUUCUUCAUUUGAGGGAAGUUCAGGCCCUCAGCAGCACUAGCGUAAAAAUUAUGUGGGAUAUUCUCGGAGCCGCAGACUUGGUUGAAGGUCUUUACAUAAGAUAUCGUCAAUUAUCAGAGAAACCCGAAUAUGAAAUGGUUACAGUUUUGAAUGCUGGUGCUACUAGCUACGUCUUGACAAAUUUGAAAAAGUACACUCGCUAUGAAUUUUUUCUCGUUCCUUUCUACAAAACAAUCGAGGGAAGACCUAGCAAUGUAAAAUUAGCUACAACACUCGAAGAUAUACCCUCGGGAUCACCAGAAAAUGUUCACGUUGGAAUGAUCAAUGUGACAUCUGCAUUUGUCAGAUGGGCACCUCCGCCUAAAGAUUCACAAAAUGGACAACUCGUUGGCUACAAGAUUCAAAUCAAGAGCAACAGCAGUAACAAAAUACUCGGACAGAUGUCAUUGAACGCAUCCACAACAUCAGUAAUUAUAAACAGUUUGACAACCGGCGGCCUAUACACAGCAAGAGUAGCCGGCUUGACUCGUAUAGGCCUGGGUCCAUUUUCAGCUCCAACUCUUUUGAACAUGGAUCCCGGUCAAUUGACUCAAAUGCCGCCCAGAACUGAUCCCAGCCACGGAGGCAUGUCCGUUUUCCGAGAAACCUGGUUCCUCAUCCUAAUGAUCCUGAUGGUAUUCACCAUAAUAGCGGCCCUCGUAGGUGUCCUCUACGUCAAGCGAAAGCAAGCUAUGAGCAAACAGCUCGGGCAUUUGAGCGUCCCGGUAGGAACGGCCAAUGACAUAUGUCCACUGAACAAAGACACGCUCUGGUUGGAACGCGGUUGGAGACCCACCAACACGCUUCAAGGUUCCAACGACAAGGAUUGUGAAACGAAGCUGCUGAACAAUCAGCCCAUGUUAGCUCCCGGAAUCGUGAGUAUGGGUGGAUCCGAGUACGCCGAGGUGAACCUAACGACGUUUUACAACACAAGAAAACAGAUACAAGCUCCUCCGGAACCCUACGCUACCACGACUCUCUGUGUCGGGAAUCGAAGUCCCGACUCGAUGGAAACGAGUGGACAGAAGUCGAAUUCCAGUGAUUCGUGUGUUAAACCUGACUAUUCUAGUCUUGACUCGAAUCAAGACCAGAACAAGUCGACGCUCUCUCCGAGCAGCGAUAACACGAGUAGUGUCUACACUGAUGAGAAUGCUGAGAUCCAGAGAAGACCUCAGUACAGGAUACCGAUCAACGAUGGCAACUCGCAAACGAUGCCCAACUGGUGUGACAUGCUACCACCGCCACCGGAGCAUCCGCCGCCUGUUUCUUCAAAUUCCCUCGCAGCCAGAAUCCAACAUCAAUCGGCUGCUGCCUUCAGUCCUCAUCUGGGCAAGAGGAGCGCUCAGAAUGAAAUGGAUGGCUCGAUUUCAAAUAACUCGCAGAGUCCGCCGACUCCUCCUGUCCGAGUUGGACCAAGUUGUUUCGCUUCCUCGCCCAUGCCUUGGAACGGCCCAGGUCAUCCGGAGGUAGCUAGUAGCUUACAUGGAAGCGUUCAGCAGGGCAGGUAUACAACUGUACCUCCUCAAACGAAUCCUCCACCCGUCCCGUCCUUUCCUCAAGGAUUCAGUCACUAUGAAUUCAAGCCGCAAGAGAAUGAGUACGAGAGCGGCUCGGUGAUCUACGGUCAUCAGAAUGGGGCCUCGGAAGAUUACAGAAGUCAUGAUGCCUUCAAGCGUACCAAUCAUACCAAUCCGCGAAUGGAGCAACUCAGCAGUCUGAAUGACGAGGUCUAUCGACACAAUGAGGAGAUGUUUAGAAAUGAGAAUCUUUACCAGCCGGAAAAUGAUGAGUGGGAUCGGAAAUCGUGCGACUCGAAUACGCAUUCGGACAUGUGUUGCUCAUGUUCGGAAUCCAGCUGUUUGUAUGCUGACACAAUGGAGUAUAAUAACCAGUUUCAACCUGCCUGCACGCACAACAGGGGCAGUUCGAGAACCAGGAAUAAUAGAAGUCCACGCAGAAGAACAAACAGGACUGCUUCGCCGACGUAUAGCAGCGACAGCAAUUACAGGCAGUGCGGUUCUAUGAAUUCGCAGGAAAGACUGAGGCACACUAGAAGUAAAGAUAAAGUGCCCAGUUUCCCAAGAAACGUUGGAUACCCGCCGCACAGUUCAUCUGCUACCAACACAAUGAGCAGCUCGGGAAGUCAGAGAUACAACAAGUUGAACAGUCUCUUCAUGAGCGGCAAUAAUCCAAAUGCUACGCCCGAGUCCAGUCGAUUAAGCGACCUUCGUGAUAGUUAAGUCUUUUCUAGAAAAUAAAGAAACAGCAGUAAAAGGCCUUCGAUGACAACGAUUGUCACAACUUACUGAGAUAUUAUCGCUGGUCUACUUCCAUUCGCGUAAGGCAGGGCUCACCAGAAGUUAGUCAUUGACUGACAUGAGUCAGUCAUUGACCUGGAAUGACUUACAGGGUCAGUCACUAAUUAUCGUGACUUACAGGUUCACUCAAUGACUGGAAUAACGUUCAGAGUCAGUCAUUGAUUUAUAUGACUGACACUGUCAGUCAUUGGCUGAAAUUAUUGACAGUAUCGGUCGUUAACUGUCAUGACUUACAGGGUCAGUUAUUGAUUGACAUGACUUACAAUGUCAGUCAUUGACGAGCUUGACUUACAGUGUCAGUCAUUGGCCCGGUUUGUCUUACAGUCAGUCAUUGGCUGUCAUGACUUACAGUAGCAGUAAUUAACUGACAUGACUUACAGGGUCAGUCAUUAACCAGAAUGACUGAAAGUGUCAAGUCAUUGGUUGACAUGACUUAAAUGGUCAGUCAUUAGCUGACAUGACUUACAGGGUCAGUCAUUGUCUGAUAUGACUGACAGUAUCAUUCACGCCGAACUACGUUCCUAAUCCUUUGUACAGUUUGUAGGAUUCCUGGAAACCGAAGAAAAAAAAUGACAUAAAAACUUUAUGUCAGUCAGGCACUUGUGUCAGUCAACGCCUGUUGAAAGUGGUGAAUCCUGGCGUAAGGGCUGUUUAAUGUCAUGGACUUACCAGUCGACUAGGGCCGUAAGACAGGCAAAAACUACUUACCCUCACCAGCCGCGUGCAACACAAUUUGUUUGUUCGAUUUUCUGGACAUAAACGAUCACCUUUUCUAAAAUAAUGAUUUGUGGUGCACGCGACUGGCACUCCUUGUACUAAAACUACAUUGUAAAUAAUUACUGAUGAAUCUCAGCUCCACCUUAAAUCCACGGAAAUAAAUUUCGUUUAUUGAGGAAGCUAUCUUUUGUUGCGUUGCACGAUAAUGGCUGCCAAUCGUACAACACGUAACUUAAUCAUGUCGUUUCUUUCGAUUACGACAGUAUUGUUAGCAUUACAUUUUUUUCAUCUGAAUCUUGUGUGAUUUUCAAAAAACAAAGACUGUAAAAUUAUAUAUAUAUUUUUUUCUUUUUGCAUCUAUUACGCUUAACACUCAGAUACAUACGUUGAAUCUCAUUCCCGUGACUUCUCUUUCACUCUUUAUUCAUUAGUUUCUGAACAGAGUGAUUAAGAUUCAUAAAAAAAAAAAAAUAAUGAAUAUUUUUUUUAAAGAUC